UCUUUCUCCUCCUCCCAGGUCCCCCUCCCCCGCCCCCUCACCUCACUGACUCAUGAAAGAAGCCAUGCCGGUCCUCACAGCAGGAGCGGGGCUACAUGAAACGCUGGCCCUGCUGACCUCUCAGCUGCGUCCUGAUGCCAAUCACAAAGAGGACAUGGUCUUCCUCAAAGAUGUCUUCAGUGAGAGGAGCUUGGGAUACCUCAUGAAGAUUCAUGAGAAGUUGAGACAGUAUGAGAGACAGAGUCCAACACCCGUCCUCCACAGUGCCUCCUCUCUGGCAGAGGAUGUGGCAGAGGAGCUGCAGAGUGGACCAAUGAGCACAGAGGAGAAGGAGCUGCUGCACCUGCUGACGUCACCACAUCUCAAGGCCGUUCUCUCGGUGCACGACACUGUGGCUCAGAAGAACUUUGACCCCGUGCUGCCGCCGCUGCCAGAUGACUUUGAGGAUGAGCUGGAGGAAGAGUCGGUGAAGAUUGUCAGGCUGGUGAAGAACAAGGAGCCUCUGGGAGCCACCAUCAGGAGGGAUGACGCUACUGGGACGGUGAUUGUGGCUCGGAUCAUGAGAGGAGGUGCAGCUGACCGAAGUGGUUUGGUCCAUGUAGGAGAUGAACUCAGGGAGGUCAACGGAGUCUCUGUGAUCCACAAGAGGCCUGAUGAGAUCAGUCAGCUGCUGUCCCAGUCCCAGGGCUCCAUCACUCUAAAGAUAAUCCCUGCCAUUAAAGAAGAGGAUCGCCUGAAGGAGAGCAAGGUGCACAUGAGAGCCUUGUUUGACUACAUCCCGCUGGAAGAUAAGGCGACGCCUUGCCAAGAAGCAGGACUUCCCUUCAAGCGGGGAGACAUCCUGCAGGUCGUGACCCAAGACGACCCCACGUGGUGGCAGGCCAAGCGUGUGGGAGACAGCAACCUGCGGGCCGGACUCAUCCCCUCCAAACAGUUCCAGGAGAGGCGACUGGCCUACAGGAUGAAAAUGGGCACACUCCCGAAUCCAAAAUCCCCUAAAAAGCCUGUCUAUGACCAAGGAUGUGAUAAAGAGGACUGUGACUGUGAGGGCUAUUUCAAUGGACAGUACAUAGUCUCUCCUAAGUGUAAAGCAGUGGCGCCCUCCUGUGGCCAGGUGUUUUCCUGGGAAUUUUAUUCAGCUGGUUUACGGAGGAGUUUCCGGCUGAGUCGCAAGGACAGGCAAGGAUCCUCCGGAGAGGGCUCUGAUCCUGGAGACCCAGAGUUCCUGACUUAUGAAGAGGUGACCCGUUACCAGCAGAGGCCCCAUGAGAGGCCCCGUCUGGUGGUUCUGAUUGGUUCUCUUGGAGCACGAAUCAAUGAACUCAAACAGCGGGUGAUUUCUGAAAACCCACAUCGUUUUGCAGUAGCUGUACCACAUACCACCAGGCCCAAGAAACCUCAUGAGAAAGAGGGUGUGGAGUACCACUUUGUCACCAAACAGCAAUUUGAUGCAGAUGCUUUAAACAACAAGUUUAUAGAGCAUGGGGAAUACAAGGAGAACCAGUAUGGCACAAGUAUAGAGGCUAUCCGUUCUGUACAGGCCAAAAAUAAGAUGUGCGUAGUGGACGUGCAGCCUGAGGCCCUGAAGAGGCUGCGGACAGCGGAGUUCAAGCCCUAUGUGAUAUUUGUCAAACCUCGUGUUCCUGAGAGCAGACGUCGCCGCAGCGCUGCCACCUCACCAGGAGGGGGAGAACAUGGCCGAAUUACAGACGAAGACCUCCAGGAGAUGCGUCAGUCUGCCAUUCAGAUUGAUCAGCAGUAUGGACACCUGGUGGACCGGGUCCUGAUCAAGGAGGACUCAGCCAGUGCCUGUGCAGAGCUGCGAGGUAUCCUGGAAAGGCUGGAGCGAGAGUCCUUCUGGGUGCCUGUCAGCUGGGUACGGACCUAAACCCCCCCCCAAAUCCUGCACCAGUCCUAAUGAGCUGUUCCCCUCUACCCCCAAAGGCAUUCUGGCCAGCCUGGGAGUCUGCUGCACUCCCUCUAUCUGACUGAUGUAGGACUGGUCAGACAGCCAUAAACUGAGGCACCAAAGGGAGAGGAUGAUGUCAGAAGAAUACCUCACUGUCUGGGAUGUUGCAGCAGAUCGACGGCUCUCUUGGCCCAAAGCCGUUAAAUGCCCAAAACUCAGUCUUAAUGUCACUUCCUCAAGUCAUUUAUUCAGGUUUGGUUUUAAUUUAUUUAAGGACAGAUGAAAGUUUGUAGUUUAAGUAGUGUUUUACUCCUCACACUGUCACUCUUUCUAGCUGCAACGUUCACUAGAGUGUGUCAGGUUUGGGAUCCCACUCAGAGGACUGCUCAGUCAGCUUUGUUUGAGUACCUUUAGUAACAUGUUUGUUUGUUUAAUUCAACUCAAGGCCAGUUGCAGAAUGCUUCCUGUUACUGCUCAUGCAUCCUGUACAGCAUAAGAACCAACCAUACAUUCAGCAGAACAGGAGUAAUUGAUAUACAUUUAAUGAAUGGCAUUUGAAAUGUGGUUUUUUUGCUAAACGAUAAUCUAAUUUCCACACAUGGACAGAAACAAAAUGAUAUCCAAGUGGAGUGUGAGAAUUUUAUUUUCUAUAAAACUUUGUUUUAGGAAAUGCAUGACAACUGAUUAUUUAAUCUCCGAUGUAAAUAUUGUAAAUGUUACCCCUCGUGUGCCAACGAAAGAUCGCGUAGCACUAGGCAACCUGUUUACCGUCGAACCCACAUCUGUUUGUGUGUAGAAUAAUGCUAUGCACCAACCUGAGAUGCUCCUUUUACGUACGGUACAGUUUCCUGUAUUAUAUCUGUAUUUUUGACUGCAGACAGAGGUGGUACUAGAUGUUUGUUUUCAGGGUUUUGCUGUGGAUAUUACAUCUCCACAGAUUUCACAUUAGAAUUGAAACAACUGAUGAACAGAAAAUGAAUCUGCAAACAUUCCCUGGUUACAGCUUCUCAACUGCAAGGAUUUUUUCUUUGUCUUGUGUGAUGGUAAACAAAGUUUUGGAGUGUUAGUCGGACAAAACAAGCAAUUUGCAGACAUCACCUUGGGUUUUAAGUAGAUUGUAACAUUUCUCACUAUUUUCUGACAUUUUAUAGAGAACAAUCAAUUAAGCAAGAAAAUUGUUAGCUGCAGCCCUAUUUCAAAUUAGAUAUACAGUAUAAAUGUGACAUCAUCCUGGCAUUAACAGUGGCAAAAUACUUUUGAUUAAAAGCGAUGGGGGCACAGAAUCCUCGUUCUAUGUAAAAAUGUUUAGCCCAAGCUAAUAUAGAGCUGCAGAGUCUAAGUUAGUAAGUCAUGUGGAUAUGUUCCAAAGUAACAAAAAGAGGGAAGUUUGGAAGAGAAUCAUUUUACUGCAGUGGCUAACUCAGACUAUUGAAGCCUCGUAUUAGCUUCAGCUGAACUUAAAAAGUCAUUUAUACAUAGACGGAUUUUGUCCCAUAUCAUUUAUACUGAAAUCACUUUAAGAAGGAAUCUUUUCACAGCCUGGAGAAAUUACAGAGCUCCUUCAAGGUAUAUAUUGGCAUGUGAGUAUUAUAUCAAGAUGGACUUGAAAAAGUGUGAAUUUAUCCUUUAAGGAAGUACAGACUUAUGUCACAAGUGAUACAAAACCAAAAAAAAAAAAAUUGGAUAAACAAUCACUUCUACACUGGUAUUUUCUUGUGUGUGUUUGGUGAAAAUUAAGCAACUUUCAGAUCCCUUUUUUUUUUUUUUUAAACAUGCAAUGUUCUCUUCAUGUGCUGUAUGAACCAAGAAACCCUGAAUGUUGAGUUUGUAACGUGACAUGUACAAAGUGCCAUAAAUAAAGCUAGCUGAAUCAAA